UACAUUAACGUGCGGAGAGCUGCAGGCAGUGACUGCAAACCCAGUGUGCUCAGCGUGGGUGGUGGGUGGGGGGGGGGGGGGGGGGCAGUCGCGCUGUCCUCUGGAGUGUACACCUGUGGCAGGCGGGAGCAGUCAGGAAGCUUCGGGAAUCAUGUCCUUGCGAUACAUUCUGAAACGGGUUGAGAUAACUUGACUCGCAUUAUACAGUAUAGCUUAUGUGCUGGGGAAAUGUUGACAAAUGAACAGGUUAUUAGCCCCUAUUUAACUUUUUUUAUAGUAGACAAGAACUUGCACAUUUGGACAAUACCUGGCUUUCAUUGUGUUGGAACUGCAAUUUGAUGGGUUAAGAUAUUAGAAGAUAUAAUUUGAUUUAAAACGGUGACUCGUUUGGAUUCAAUAUGCAGGUAAUGCUUACUCUAUCGCCUGAUACCAGACCAACACACAACGUUUGACACUGCGAUUGCUGGAGUGGGCCUGGAAGACCCUGGAUCUCGUCGUGCAUUUACACCUGUUUUCAAACUUCUGAGGUUCCGGAACUGACCGGCUAUCCCGUGGUACUCGUUGUAAGGAGAAAACCAGUAAUAGCAAUUUUCUAGCAAACGCGCUGAUACUAUGUGGGAGAGCCAGUCAUUUACCUGGGCCAGACGUUCCUGUUCAAUACUGACUUUCUGUAUGCUGGUCAGCAGAGUUGAUACUGUUGAAGGACAUAACCGGAGGAACCGUGGCAUAUCAGAAUCAGACAGUCCCUGUAACUCUACACCUAAAUUCUUGGUACCUUCUGCAAAUGAGACCUAUAGAGUUUCCAUUGGAUCCUGGUCUGUGUUGAAUUGUUCAGUGAAGCUACUCUACAAUCAGAAGUUCAAUCAGUGUGACGCAAGCAUCCAGUGGAUUAAGGACCAGCAUGUGAUCACCAACACUAGUAAAUACACCCAGACCAAUGAGACCAGGCUUAAAAACGAUUCUUCAGAGAAGAUUCUGUCCAGCUUUCUAAAUGUAACCGUGACUAGUGAGACUGAUUAUGGGAUCUUCACAUGUCUCAUAAGCAAAGAAUCCAUGUCCUUCACACUGGAAAAAGCAAUUGUAGAUAUUGCCGGCCAUGUUCCGGCAGUUCUGGGAUCCCUCUUGGUGCUUGUUGCGUUGCUUCUGGCUGGAUUCCUGUAUGUGAAGUGCAGAUUGGAUUUGCAGCUCUGGUACAGAAACAAAUAUGGAGAGUUUGAAGUCAAUGAUGGUAAGCUCUAUGAUGCUUACAUUUCUUACGUGCCUGCUAAUGAUGACCGGAAAUUCGUCAGCUUCAUCCUGAAGCCACACUUGGAGAAUCGAUAUGGAUACAAGCUACACCUGGAUGACUGUGAUAUCCUGCCAGGGUCAGAGCCUUCAGCAGAGCUUAUAAUGAACAUUAGUCGCUGCCGCCGUCUGAUUGUGGUGCUGUCCAAGGCAUACCUGCAGCAGGACUGGUGCCGGCUGAACUUCAGGGAAGCACUCUGGAAUCUGUUGGAUCUCUCCAGGAAACCUAUCUUUAUCAUGUUUGAAAACCACUACAGAGAGCUGUCUCACCCUGCUAUACAACUUCUUAAAGCACAGAGGAAAAACAUCACUCUCCUGCUCUGGACCUCUACAUCAAUGACCCCCUCUUCUGAAUUUUGGAAAGAGUUGCGAUUGCUUCUACCUCGGAACCUACCUCAGCGAGCUACAAUGGCUGAUCCCCAGACCCGACUCCAGGAUGAUAAGGAUCCCAUGCUGAUCCUCAACCCAGAUUACCUGGACUGUAGAUCAGACCCUGACCCCGAAGGGGACCUUGGAGUCCGGGCACCAAUUUACAAAGGGCCUCCCCCACCUGUAUCAGCCCUUCCCUGUGCACCAAAGGCUCACCCCUGUGAGGAAUAUAACUGUGAGGAUACGGACAGAAAUGAAGUAGAUAUUGCAGAUCUAGGAUCUCGAAAUUAUGGUACAAGAACAGAUUUCUAUUGCCUUGUAUCCGAAGAAGAUAUUUGACUGUGGGUAAUCAUUCGUACAUACCAUUCUGUUUGGCUCUUUCAUGACUGUUAAGAUUUUUAUGUUAUAAUUAUACUGAUCCUGUCACUCAGUGUCUAAAAUGUUGGUUAAACUUUCAACACACCUCAUUUUUUUGUAAAUUUAUGAGAUGUGUUACCAUUAAUUUUAUGAAAUGAAUGUCAGAUGCAAAUUCUGUUUAGUCUGCAUUAUCACCUACUCUGUGACUGGAUUCCACCAUAACGUGAUUGCUCGUGAAGGCAGGGAUUCUGCACCAUUAGACCGUAUUUGGAUUGAAACAAUGAACAUUUCAACACAUCCAUUGUCUGAUGGCCAUUUGUGGAGUUUCCUGUCUCUUUGUCUGACCUCCUCCAUCAGCAAGAUGAUCAGUAAGGAGCCUUGGUCUUCAGGGACAGAAUUAGUCAUCGUUGGACUUUAUCUAACAGCAAAUCUUGCAUAACUAACUUUUGAUCCAGGAACAAGAAGGUGGAUGACACGCAGGAUGAGGGGCAGCAUAGUGGUCGAGUUGCUGCCUUACAGUGCCACUGAGACCCAGGUUCGAACUUGACUACAGGUGCUGUCUGCCCGGAGUUUGUAUGUUCUCCCUGUGACCGCAUGGUUUUUUUCCGGGUGCUCUGGU